GCUGAAUGACGGAUGACAGCUACCGGCGGCGGCCGUUUGUGUUUGUUUUUUGUUGUUUAUCCAGUAAAGUUUUACGCGCAUUUUUUGGAUUUGUGUGCAAUAAGUAUUGAUCCUUAAUUAUAACUAUGGAUACCGAAUCUAUCGAAGAUGAUAUUGACGGCUCUAUUAUUAGUAUACAUGUCCGCAACUUUUUUUGCCACGAUAAUUUGGAGAUAAAUUUUAACAAGAAUGUUAAUUUUAUCAUUGGACGAAAUGGCAGUGGAAAGAGUGCAAUAUUAACAGCUUUGGUCGUUGGUUUGGGUGCUAGAGCUUCAGCCACAAAUAGAGGCAGCAAUUUGAAUUCCUUCAUAAAGAAAGGAGCCAAUUCAGCUUCAGUGGAAAUAAAGAUUAAGAACAAUAGUGUGAAAGCCUACAAACACCACUUGUAUGGUGAUUAUAUUACCAUUAUAAGAAACAUUAAUGCAUCAGGUGGCUCCAGUUACAAAGUUAAAUCAGCAUCAGGAGAAGUAAUUUCCACAAAGUUUGAAGAAGUACAUUCUAUAGUAUUAGCUCAUGACAUACAAGUGGACAACCCCAUCUCAGUUCUGAACCAAGAUGACGCUCGGAGCUUCCAUGCAUCGGACUCCAAGAAGAAGUAUUCCCUGUUCAGGAAAGCUACCAAUCUUGAUCAGACUGAGACCAAUUAUCUCAGAGCCAUAGAUAAUUGCCAAAAAGCAUCAAAUAUUUGGGCAAGGAAAAAUGAGGCAAGCAAAGAAUUGGAGAGGGAGUUUAAGAAGUGGGAAGGAAUCUAUGACCAGCUGCAGUCACAUGAUGAGAUUGAGGCUCAGAAGCAAGCCCUGCAGAAUGAGUACUAUUGGAGUGAGAUUGCAGAGUUUGAACGCGAUUGCUCAUCCAUACAAGUUCAGUAUGAUAAAGCAAAAGCUAAGAUUGAAAGGCUGAUGGAAAAAUUAAGCUCAAUGGAACAGAACUUCGGGAGUAAUAGUGAAACUAUUGACGCCCUGAAAGCGGAACUGGAAGAAAAGAAGCUCCAACAGACGGUUCUAGAACAAGAGCUGCAACAGCUAGAGGGCGAGGUGCGCGAGCUGCAGGCCGCGCAGCGCGCCGCGCAACAAGCCGCGAACAAGCAGAACGAACUGCGCAACAGAGAGAACAAGAAAGUGAACGACUUGGAACAGGAGAUCAGGAAUAUUGACUCAGGCAGUGUGGCGUCCCGUCGCGCGGAGCUGGAGGCGCGCGCUAAAAGCACGGCGGCGGCGGCGGCGGCCGUGGAGGCGCGAUACAACACCGCGCAACACGAGGUGAGCCAGAGCCAGCAGCACUCGGCGCGGCUGGGGCAGCACUCCGAGCAGGCCGCCAACAACGCGCAGAGGAAGAGGGACUCGCUGAAACAACUAAAGCAGCAACUGCGCGAGCUAGAGUCCCGCGGGAACGACUCGCUGGCGGUGUUCGGAGCCAACAUGGCCGAGCUGGUCAAGAGAGUGAACGCUGCCAGUGCCCGCGGACAGUUCAGCGCGCCGCCGAAAGGACCUGUCGGUGCAUAUCUGAAGGUGAAAGAGAAGAGAUGGAGUGGCGCCCUGGAGCACAUCAUCGGCGGCAACAUCAUGAACUUCUGCGUCAACUCGCCCGAAGACUCGCGGAAACUGUUCGAGAUUAUGGGACAAGUAUACGGCAGAAGCCACAAGCCGGGCGUGACGUGCAGCAAGUUCCUGAACGCACAGCACGACGUGAGACGCAACAAGGUGCGCGCGCGAGGGUUCACUUGCGCACUCGACGCGUUGGAUAUAGCCGACCCGGACAUAGCAAACUUUCUCAUUGAUAAUGUCGGCUUUGAGAGGAUACUGCUCGUGCCUGAACAUGACGACGCCACCCGCCUGUCAGACAACGUCGAGAACGUUCCAGAGAACUGUUCCAAGAUCGUCACUUUAGACAGUACGGAGUACCACCCGGCGCCCAACUACCGGUGCUACGGCGGCGCGGGCCGCACCGGCCGCUUCCUGUCGCUCAGCUCGGCCGAGAGGAAGAUGCAAGUGCAAGCCGAGAUCCAAGAGGCGCAGCAAGCCCUCUGCGCACUAGAAGCUGAGGCGGAGUCCCAAGCGCAAGAGGCGAAGGAGGCUCGCGAGGCGGCCAGGCAGGCGUCGCAGACUCUGCAGGCGUUGUUGUCUGAGAGACAUAGUAAGCAGGCGGCGGCGAGGGCGGCGGCCGCGGCCUUGGACCAGAUGCACGCGCCGCAUCAUGCUAUCCUGAUGGAAGAGCUAGAAGUGUCGAAGAAAAAACUGGAUACUCUGAACCAGCAAAUAGAAGAGACCAAUGAGAGGGCGACGGAGCACCGACGCAAGGUUGACGGCUACGACGCGAAGAUGAAAGUCAUCAAGUCACAGUUGUACCAGCUCAAGACUAGUAGUAGAAGUAUGGAGGAAGAAAUAGGCCAAGAGCAACUAAAACUGGACCAAGGCAUUACCCAGCGACAGAUGGCCGCACAGAAGCUGAAAGAGGAUAAGGUGAAGUUUGAGCAAGUCGAGAAGAUUCUAGAAGAUAAGAAAGCGGUAAUUGCGCAGAAAACAAGGCAGGCCCUUGCGUCAUGUCCUAGGGUCGAGAAUCCUCGCGAAAAAAGUUUCGUUUGCAAUGAACUAAAGAAAACGCAUAUGAAGCUGAAUUCAAUCCGAAGCGACGGCCUGACGAAGGCACAGGCGGCGGAAAAACUGCAGGAGGUCGGCCGCAAAUACAAGAAAACUAAAUCCACGCUCGAGCGGUUAAAGACUUUGAUUGCUGAUAUUCAGAAGACAUCGGACAAGCACUUGAAGUUCUGCACGCAGAUACAGACGCACAUCGCGCGCCGCGUGCAGUUCUGCUUCCAGAACACGCUCACAUUGCGGGGGUACUCGGGCCGCAUGGACAUCGACAACGCGAAGGGCGUGUUGGAAAUGUACUGCAGCGGCCGCGAGGCACGCGGGGCUCGCGCCGCGUCCACCACCAGCUCGCUGUCGGGCGGCGAGCGAUCAUACUCCACCGUGGCCUUUAUAAUGGCUCUGUGGGAGUGCGUGGAGCUGCCCUUCUACUUCAUGGACGAGUUCGACGUGUUCAUGGACAACGUGAACCGCAAGUACGUGAUGGAGCUGCUCAUAGACCACGCGCUCAAGAACACGAGCCGGCAGUUCGUGUUCCUGACGCCGCAGGACGCGUCCGCCGUCACCGCCGGCCCGCAGAUCAAGAUACACAGAAUGGCUGAUCCGCGGCGUUAAUUUAAGCUAAGAGAAGAAAUGGUGUAUACUGAUUGUGAUUAUUUUUAAUAUUGUUGAUUAUUAUUAUGUUGGAUAAUUCAUAAUUACACUUUAAUUUCCAUUUUA